GCUAUAGCUGUAUGGACGAGGCUCACCUGAUGUGUGAUGUACAAUGCAGUGUACAGUGCUGAGCCAGUGCCCGCUGCUGCUGCCUCAGGAUGUGCACGGCAGGGUGUAUGAUGGAUUCCUCAGUGCCCAGGACAAGGACUUUCGGCUCAGGGUCAUUUUGCCUGCGGAUCUUCAGCUACGAAAUGCAAGAUUGGAAUGCAGUUGGCAGUUGAGAAAAGUUCUGCAUGGAUAUCAACAUAUUGUUAAACAGAGAUUACAGCACAGUUCAGAUCUAUCUAGCUUCAUGGUGGAGCUCAAGUCUAUAUUGGAUGUUGCUCUUAAAAACCCAAAUUCAUUGGAAGCUUCACCUGCUCCUCAUUAUUAUGCUUGCCUUGUGAAGGACAUUGAUAAUUUGGGAUGGGAUAAGCUAUUAUUUGUUGACAAUGAGUUCAGUACCCUCAAGCUGAAAAUAGAAGAUUCUACAGCUCGAGAGCAUGUCAUCACUGUAAAGUUGGGAGCUAGAUAUCCAUACAAGACUCCAGACUGCAGUAUUGACUUGCCAGUACCAUUUUCCGUCUCAUGGACACCACAGAGCAAUUUACAAGAUAUCGUCAACCAAGCUUUGUCAGCAUUGGAGGCAUUAAAAUUGUUUUGGGAUACUUUGGAUGAAAUUGACCAGAAGACCUGGGUGCUAGAACCAGAAAAGCCCUCAAGAAGUGCCACUAUGAGAAGGAUAGCCAUAGGCAACAAUGUGUCCAUUACCAUUGACGUGGAUCCAAAACAUCCCACAAUGCUUCCUGAAUGCUACUUUCUUGGAGCUGACCACGUGGUACAACCUUUGAAAGAAAAACUUAACAGCAACAUACAUUUAUGGGAUCCAGAAGUUGGUUUGCUACAAAACCUGAAGGAUGUGUUAGAAACAGAAUUUCCAUCAAGAACUGAUUUUCAGAAAUCUUGGUUAAACUCAUUGCCGUCAAGCAGACAAAGCUUUAAUAUUAUAUAUGGAGAAUGUCCUUACUGCAGCAAGCCCAUCACUCUGAAGCUGCUUAACAAAACAUUCUGAAGCUGGCAUCCCCAUUCUGCCGGAUAAGGAGGACAAGUGUGUUUAUUUCAAGCCAUUUAUUGCCAAGUAGAUCAUUAGUAAAAGGAUUGGAAUUGUGAGUCCAUAUUUAUAGAUGUCUUUCCAGUCCUGGUGCUGAGAUUUCUGGUCCUCUAAAGAAG